AUCUCCGCCGAUGUCCCCAAGGCUGAGGGUGGGUGUGUCGGUCAGGAGGAGUGGUCUUUGUGAGCCCGCCCCGGCGGGGAGGAGCUGCCUGGCUCAGGCCUCGCCCACCCGGAGGAUCUUGGGGCUGGUCUGGGUCAGCUCCUGAGAUGUGACCACCCGCCCCACCGGGCCCUCCAAUCCCUUCUUACCACUGCUUGAUCCGGCUCAGCCAGGUGGUGUUUGCAGCAGCUCUUUGUGAAAGUCCAGCCAUCUGUUACCUGCGUUGCUUCCUGGGGAGGGAUAGUCCACCUCGGGGCAUUCGGAGACUCGGUGAUUGUGCUCCGCGGAGCCUGGGCUGUGCCCCGCGUUGACUGCCUCAUAGAUACCCUCCGAAUCCCAAAUGCCAGCUGCAUGAGAGGGGGGACCCACCUUCUUGUCCCCUGCCUGGAAGAGAAAGAGUUGACAUUGCGCAGGAGAGGGCUGGACAUGUCUGAGGCACUGCCCUGCCCGGGCAAGGACACCUCCACCCCAGGCUGCAGGCUGGGGGCCCUGUAUUGGGCCUGUGUCCACAAUGAUCCCACUCAACUCCAAGCCAUACUGGAUGGCGGGGUCUCCCCAGAGGAGGCCACCCAGGUGGACAACAAUGGGAGGACAGGCCUCAUGGUCGCGUGCUACCGCGGCUUCCAGAGUAUUGUGGCCCUGCUCAGUCAAUGUCCUUUCCUUGAUGUGAACCAGCAGGACAAAGGAGGAGACACGGCCCUCAUGUUGGCUGCCCAAGCAGGCCACGUGCCUCUGGUGAGUCUCCUGCUCAACUACUACGCUGGCCUGGACCUGGAACGCCGGGACCAGCGGGGGCUCACGGCGUUAAUGAAGGCUGCCAUGCGGAACCGCUGUGCUGACCUGACAGCAGUGGACCCUGUUCGGGGCAAGACGGCCCUGGAAUGGGCAGUGCUGACCGACAGUUUCGACACCGUGUGGAGGAUUCGGCAGCUGCUGAGAAGGCCCCAAGUGGAGCAGCUUAGCCAGCACUACCAGCCCGAGUGGCCGGCCUUGUCCGGGCUUGUGGCUCAGGCCCAGGCCCAGGCCCAGGUUGCCCCUUCACUCCUAGAGCGGCUGCGGGCUACCUUGAGCCUCCCCUUUGCCCUGUCUCCUCAGGACGGGGGUGUUCUGGACCACUUUGUGACUGCCACAACCAGCCUGGCCAGUCCCUUCAUCACCACUGCCUGCCACACUCUGUGCCCUGACCACCCACCUUCCCUGGGCACCCGAAGCAAGUCUGUGCCAGAGCUGCUAGGCACUGCCCCGCCCCCUCCUCUGGUUCCCCAGUCCCCACCAGGGAGUCCCCAGAGGUCCCCGUGGGUCUUUGUCCCCUACCAGAGCCCUCAGGGCAUAUUGAGCAAGUGCCUUCAGUGGCUACAGCCCAGGGAUAGCACCAGCCCCAGGCCCCAAGUCCCCAAGAUCCUCCUCUCCAAGGCAUCCUCAUCGCCCCACCGGUGCUGGCCAAAGCCCAGUCCUGCGGGACAUGAACGUCUGGCCCUUCCUCUCUGGCGAUACCAGGAGCUCAGGAUAGAGAAGAGGAAACAGGAGGAAGAGGCCAGAAUGGCACAGAAGUAGGGGAAGAUGAGAUAGGACAGGCUGGGAACAGGUAAUCAGGCCCCUCCCUGGGCUUCUUUCCCCUCCGGAGUGCCUCCGGCCUCCCCAUCCACCUCUGCCUAAGUAAAUCUGCUCUCAACCUAUAUACAUACAAGGUCAUUCAUUCCAGCAUUGUUUGCAAGAGUGAAAGAGUGGAAACACCCGAAGUGUCCAUCAGUAAGGGACUGGCUAGAUUGGUUAUGGACGUAAUUGCUGUCUACCCUUACAGUGCAUACGCUACAGUGUUUCCAAAAUAAGACUAAGGAGGCCGUUUAUAUUCUGAUACGAAACUACCAUCAAGAUAUAUAAAGUAAAAAUAACUAAGGAGUGGAACAGUGUAUAUGGCAUAUUAUUAUUUGUCAAAGUAAAAUUUUCACGAAGAUAAACAUGACUAAGACAAAUAUAUAGUGAGUACCAAGAUUUAUUUAACUACUUAAUGAGUGAAUCAGCAGGAUGGAUCAAAAAAAGAAGUGAAAAGCCAUUAUUGACAAUCAGUGAAAAAAUGAAUGCUGGAAUAAGAUUGCAAAAAGUUAAUUCACACCUGGCAAUAAAGCCAUAACCAUUUUUAUUUUUUUCUACUAGACCAAAAUAAUUUGCCACUUAUCAAUCUUUAACAGGUUAAUCUGUCCUUCUAGAGAGCCGGGGUCCUUAUCAAUAGUAAAUAUUAAUAGCAUGUCAAACAAAGUUAACUUCCCCUAGCUGACCCAUAGGUGGGGUUAUUAGCCAAUGAUCUAAAAUAUCUUUGAAAGGGCAUUAGCUUUUUUUUUUUGGAGGGGGCCUUAUUUACAGGUUUUGGAUAUUUUUCUCAGCACUUUUGUUGUGUAAAUAUAUUUGCUUGUAUGUUUAUAAUAAUGAUAGCAACUACUUAGAAGGUGCUUACUAUUUAUAGUAACACAUUUAACCCUCCCAGUAAUCCUGAGGAUUUUAUUUUUGAGGACAUGAGGCACAGAGAAGCUAAGGAACUGCCUAGGUCCCACAGCUGGCAGAACUCAAGAUUGAGAUCUAGCCAUCCAGUGUGACCUCCAGGCUUUUAACGCUAACCCCCAAUGCGGUACUGGAGCAUCCCUGGAAAGAACACAGUAGUGUUCUCCAGAAAAGGACUAAACAGAUUUAUUCACCUUUCUUUACUUUUUUUUUUUUUGAGACAG